AUGGGAGACAUUGAUCUGACAGAGAUUCCCAUUUCCCGAGACAUGAUAUGUUAUUUUCGAAUGAGAUUUAUUCUGAUUCAAGCAGCCACUGCUCUCACUGCAUUUGCCGUUCUCACAAUCUGUAAGAUAUCUAUGGAUAUACAGACAGGGCUCAUUAUAUAUAUUUAUAUUGCGGUACACGAACAUACGGCUGAUACCCAAAGGUUUCAAAGUGCUGAAAAUCUCUGA